AUGUUACAAACGGCGCAAUCGGGAUCAAAUUUUAAGAGACUGCAUUGCUACCUCAAAGUUCUAUUUAUUGAUGAUUACGAAGCCUACAAAGGCACUUGUGAAAUAAAUGAUUAUAAAUUGUAUAUACAGCAAGUAAAAGAUCUUUUAUUAAGCUACGAUAAUAUAAAAUGUUAUGUUACUAAUUUAAGAUCUGGCAUACAUCAAAAGCCAUUUGAUAUUAAAGAUAUGGACCUAUAUUUGAACAGAGAAAUUAAAAAAGAAAAAGUAUUUUCCAACGACAUCAAUAACAUUCAAACGUCAACAAGUCGUAACGAAUUUAUAAAACUUUAUCGAAAAGAACUUAAUAGCUUCUAUGGCUACGAUCUUAAGUUGCAAAUACGCUUUUAUACCUACAAUAAGUACAUAAGUAUAGCUACCGAUCUGCUCUCAGCCAUUGCACUUGGACAGGGAAAUAACGUCGCAUAUGAUGUUGCCUUCAAAGAUGAUCGUUUGGUUAAUGGGAUCAAAAUCAUGCGUCCAAUUAAAGAUCUAAGUGAAACAGAGGUCUUGCUCUAUAUACGUGCACAGAAAAUAAAAUGGUGGGAUAGACGAGAUCAUGUCAUAAAUGCUUCAAGCAGUAUACAACGAAUAACUGGGUCAUUUAUACGUAAUCUACAAAAAAACUACAGCUCCACCGUUUCAACUAUAAUUUGUACAGGAAAUAAAAUCACCUCAAAUAAUGACCGUUAUGAAGAAUUUAAGGAAAAAUGCUGUUUGUGUAAUUCUUCAAUAGUUAACUCGGAAACUCUUUCAGCUGUUAGGUAUUCUCGAUAUGUGUCUGAAAGAACGUCAAGUGAUUUUGAUUUAGACACAAACUUCAAAAAAUUCUUGAACUUAACCCAAAACCAAGAUCAAAAAGUAUGCCACAGUUGUCAAAAUAUAGGACGGGAUAGCGAUAUUAAUUUAAUAAAGCAUUAUUUAUAAAAUAAUGAUUUAAAUUCAUUCAAUAUAAAACUUUUAAAAUUUGUUAAUUAUAGGUGUUAUUAAUUUGUAUGAUGUAUUCACAGCCAAAAUUACGAUAGAGGAACACCUAUACACACAUUUACUCUCCUCAGACUUGAAGUUUUCGUGUUAUUUAUAUUUAAAGUUAAACAUUUUUAUAAAGUAAUUUAAGCUAUUUCACUAUGUUUUUGCACACAUGCACACAUUUCCAAUUAUUAUUUUUAAUAACAUUGUAGAUACUGAAAUAAAUCUAAAAUUUCCAUUUGUUGUGUAUUUUAAUAAAAAUAAAUAUCCUUAAACUAUUUUGCGCACCUACAGAUACAAGAAA